AUGAAAGGAUAUGGGAGAAGACGUACGUAUGACAAAGGUGUGAUUGAUUCUCCCGAAGAUGUCCGAGAUGAAGGGACGGCACAUGAGAUCGGCUAUAUUGAGGAAGAUAUGAUCUGUAUUCCAGUAAUUUUCAGUUUCAUAUCGAAAAUCUGUCAUUCUAGCCCUUACCUCGAUCCACCAACUUCAAGAUCAUUAUAUGGAGGCGUCAUUGAGGAUAGAGAGAAUAGUAAAGUACAAGGGAGCAACUCGGGAAUCGACCCAGAAAAGGGAGGAAUCGAUAUAGAAGACAGUAGAAAGUUGAGCAAUGUGAUUUCAUGGGAAUUGACGUGA